AUGAACUUAUAUAAGCUUCCUCUUAUUAAUACUGUUGGUGUUAGUAAUAUCAGAAAUGCCAAAGCUCUUAAUACAUUCCAAAUCAUAAUAGCUUGGGUUGCAAAUGAGCAGGAACAUACAUAUAAUUGGUUUUUAAAUAUAUUAAAAGAGACAAUUUAUAAUACCUUUGCUUGUUCUCCUGAAGUAUUUAUCUCUAACAGCAAUCAAGUCUUACGAAAAGCAGCAAAUAAUAUUUUUUCAGUAGCAAAAAAGAUGAAAGUUGCUUAUUCUGAGAAGAUAAAUAAAGUUAAAGAAGCAUUUAAUGAGAUAAAACAAGCAGUAGCUAAAAAACCUAUUCUACUUUUAAUUAUACAUCCUCAUUGGUAUCUAAAACAUGAUUUAGUAUCACAAUUAUCUUCAUCUUUAUUGUCAAGUGAUCUAGUUAUUAAUAAAGCUUUAUAUAAGCUUGAAAAUAAAUAUAAAAACUUAAAUAAUUGUGAAUCAAAAGCUACAUUAUUAUAUAAAAUUGAAGCUUUAGCCAUUGAGAAAAAUAUA